AUUGAAUUCUUGAUCUAAGAUCCGAUAUUUUGAUCAUUUUGCUGUAAAAACCUUAUCAACUGAGUUUUGAAUGAACUGAAUUUUUAAUCAAAACAUUAGUCUCUUUUAUAUGUGUGUUUGCAUGUAAAUUUAAAUAUUUUUCUUAUCAUCUGUAAUUUAAGUGAUUUAAAAUAUUCUUCAUAAUUGAAAAUGUCACAAUUAAGCAAGCCCAGUAUUGAUCUUGGUUUGGACUUCUUGAAAAAAGUUGGUUCUGAUUCAACCAAUUUACUUUUGUCACCAUUAAGUGUUAUAAUUGCUUAUGGAAUGGCACUCGAAGGAGCCGCUGGGGAAACUGAAAAACAAAUCAGAACAGGCCUGAAUCUGGAUAAAGUUGAUAGCCAACAAGAAGAUAUUUCAAAAAUAAUCAAACAGCUUAUGGAAAAAUAUCUGAAGAAUAAGAACUCUGCUUCUGAGAAAAAAUGCCUAUUAGAGUUUGGCAAUUUACUUAUGGCUAAUAAAGAUUUCAGGCUUCGAAAGACUUUUGUUCAAAACUUACAAACUAACUAUUCUGCCAAUGCAUUCAAUGAGGAUUUUACUGAUGGCCAAAAUAUUCUAGAAAAAGUCAACUCUUGGGUUUCUGAAGCUACAAGAAAUAAAAUUUCAACGAUUCUCGACGAACCACCAGAACCUGACGCUGUGUGUUUGCUAGUGAAUACAAUUUAUUUCGAAGCUAAUUGGCUAAAACCUUUUUAUGAAGAUUCUACAGAAGAGAAGAUAUUCACCAAUUCAGAUGGAUCAACAACUAAGAUUAAGAUGAUGACUCUUUCAGAUGAUACCUUUAACUUUGCAGAAUGUCCCGAAAAAAAAUUAAAGAUUGUCGAGAUUCCAUAUUUUGGAAAUAUUAGCAUGGUAUUGAUCCUUCCAACUGGUGACAACAAUCUAAAAAAGAUGAUUGAUAAUUUGGACUCAACUGAGCUUUCCAGUUUGAUGGACUCCAUGUCAAGAACACGUUUGGAUACUUUAACUAUACCGAAAUUCAAACUGGAAGAUAAUCAUCAACUACACAAAAUUUUACCAAGCAUGGGAAUGACUCGACCAUUCCAAAUGAAUGCUGAAUUUCCAAGAAUCACUGAAGGUUCUUUACCAUUAUACAUUUCAAAAUCAAUACAAAAAGCCUUGAUUGAAGUGACUGAGGCUGGUACCGUAGCAACUGCGGCAACUCAAGUUGAAUUCAUGCUGGGAUGUUCACUUUACUCACCACAGCCGCAAAAAGUGUUUAAUUUUAUAGCAGAUCGGCCAUUUCUUUUCUCCAUUCGUGAUAAUCUAACAAAAGUCAAUCUAUUCAUGGGCCAAUUGAAUAGUAUAACUUCUAAGCAGAUUAUUUGAAUUCAACAUAAUUUAUAAAUUAAUUUGAUUGCUCCAAAUGAACUCAGAAUCUUCAAAAUUUUUAUUGAUCAAUUAAAUUACAUUUAUAUU